AUGACCAAGUUAAGUACUACUCCAAUUAGACUAUUACUAGAUACUGGUUCUGAAAUUUCCUUUAUUUCAGAUUCACUAGUUUGCCUCUUAGCUCUAUCACGCUCACGCUCAAAUCUCAACAUACUGGGGAUUGGCUCCACCAAGGCUGGUCAUACAAAAGGGUGUGUGCAGAUCACACUCGUAUCUCAACACUCAGCUCAGAAAAUCACCAUCAUUGCACACAUCCUGAGUGGUUUAACUGCUCUACUACCGUCCAUUGCACUCGAAACCAUCGAUCUCGCGCGCUACAAGUCUCUCAAGUUAGCAGAUCGAGACUUCGCUGUACCAGGAUCAGUCGAUAUCAUCAUUGGUGCUGAUUACUACGGACGAGUAGUACUCGACGAAACUAUUCGAUGGGAAGAUGAUUUCCCUAUCGCUCAAAAUACUAUCUUUGGUUGGAUUGUACUCGGUCCAAUCACCACAACUACUCACCAGCCACCUCGGAUGCUACAAGUAACCUGCUCGGAUCAUCAUCAAGAGCUUCAGGAGCUCCUAACACGGUUUUGGAUUCAGGAAGAGGUACCAUCUGAUCAACCCAAUCUGCUCACUCCUGACGAGGAAGCAUGUGAAGCUCAUUUCCAGAGCACACACAGACGAAAUGCUGCUGGAAGAUACAUUGUCAGACUCCCAUUCAAGUCUUCCCCAGCUCGGCUCGGAGACUCAUACAGUGCUGCAUAUCGGUGUCUUCGGCACCUGGAGCGUCGUCUCAACAACGACCAACAACUCAACAAGCUCUACCGGGAGUUCAUGGAUGAGUAUCUUCAACUUAACCACAUGGUACUCGCAGACCAUGACUCGGCUCACCAAGGUUACCUCCUGCCUCAUCAUGGGGUCCUGAAGACCGCCAAUAACAAGCAAAAAAUACGAGUAGUAUUUAACGGCUCCAAACCAACCAAUUCUGGGCUGUCCCUGAACGACUUAGCGCAUACAGGUCCCAGACUUCUGCUCAACAUCCUUGAUGUUCUGCUCCGACUUCGCACACAUCGAUUCAUCUUCCUCACGGACAUUACCAAGAUGUACCGCCAAAUUCUGGUCCACCGUGAUGACCAGAUUUACCAGAAAAUACUCUGGUUCGAUCACGUCGGCAAUAUUGUGCAAUUUCUGCUCACUACCGUUACCUACGGCACGACGUUUGCUCCAUACCUGGCCGUUCGUGCCCUGCUCCAGCUCGUCAAGGAUGAGAGACACAGAUUCCCGUUAGCCAUCGUGCCACUCACUCGGGGUCGUUACGUCGACGACAUCUCAGGAGGCGCUGACGACACCGAAACACUUCAACAGGUCGCCGAUCAAACGGAACAACUCUGUAAGGCGGGCGGAUUCCCACUUGCCAAGUGGGCAAGUAAUUUUCGCCAGCUCAAUCAACUCAGCCACGCGGAAGUGGUCGAUCAAUACCCACUCGAGGAUCCAGAUACCAGCACCAAGGUCUUGGGAAUGCUCUGGUCCUCCAAACGAGAUCAAUUCUCGUUCCAUCACACUGCGCAAUCAACCUCGGCUUCAUCGUACACCAAACGUGCAGUACUCUCAGAGAUUGCUCAGAUUUUUGAUCCUCUUGGGUUCCUUGCUCCACUCACAAUUCAGGCAAAGAUGUUUAUGCAGGAACUCUGGCUUGUGAAACUCGGCUGGGACGAACCACUACCGGCUACAUUACGCCAUAAGUGGAAACCAUUCAAGCAAGAACUCAUCAGCAUCGACUCGAUAAAAAUCCCAAGAUGGAUCAGCUCAUCCACGUGCUCGGAUCUUGAGAUUCAUGGAUUCUCAGAUGCCUCUCAAUUGGCAAUGGCAGCUGCCGUUCUGAUCAAGGUUCACAAUCCUGCUCGAGGAGUUCGAGUAACGCUGCUCUGCUCCAAAACUAAGGUCUCGCCAUUAAAGAAGAUGACGAUUCCCCGAUUGGAACUAAGUGCUGCUCUCAUGUUGGCCAAACUCGUCCGUCACUGCCAGAUAACUCUAGGUUACGAGCGAGUUCCAACCUACCUCUGGACUGAUUCAUCAGUCGCGCUCACGUGGAUUCACUCUCACCCGUCGCGCUGGAAGGACUUCGUCAGGAAUCGAGUGUCACAAAUUCAGGAUCUUACUCCAGAUGGCCACUGGAGGUUCGUUUCUGGCACAGAAAAUCCAGCAGAUUGUGCGACACGUGGUUUAACCACUACUCAGCUCAAGGUUCAUCAGCUAUGGUGGACUGGCCCACCAUGGUUGCUCCAAAACCAGUCGUCCUGGCCCACCAGUCCUGCUCAUAUUGAUGUAGACUCACUACCUGAAGAACGACCCAUCAAGGCGUUCUACUCAUCGGCUCAACCGCUGAGAUUCCGGGAUCUGCUCAAUCACAAGCCCAACUCAACACUCAAUCAUGCGAUCACCUCUGACGAGGUCUCGCACGCGCUCAGCUUCUGCAUCAAGGAAACCCAACGAGUCUACUUCCACAGUGAAAUAAAGCUCCUCAACACUCAAGCAUCAUGGCCAAGGGAUCACCCAUUUGCUCGCCUAGUUGCCUUCCUGGACACCGACGGCAUCAUCCGAGUUGGUGGGCGUCUGGCAAAUGCACCAGACAAUGAUCAACAUAAGCACCCUGCAGUAUUACCACGUGAUGCUCCACUCACUCGGCUCAUUAUCUCUGACUCCCACCAGCGUACACUGCACGGAGGAACUCAGCUCACACUCGCCUAUCUUCGGCAACGAUAUUGGGUAUUGGGUGGCCGGCAACCAGUUCGGUCGUUCAUUCACAAAUGCCUCAAAUGUGCUCGGCAUCGAGGAAUUCGUGCCCAACAAUUGAUGGGACAAUUACCUGCUCCACGGGUCACCCCGUCACCACCAUUUGCUCACACUGGUGUCGACUAUGCGGGUCCCGUGACUCUCAAGACGUGGAAGGGACGUGGAUCGAAAUCGUCGAAGGGCUGGAUUUGCGUCUUUGUAUGUCUCGUCACCUCAGCAGUUCAUUUAGAACUAGUUAGUGAUUACUCAUCCGCCACCUUCAUUUCUGCUCUCCAUCGCUUCAUCAGCCGGCGUGGAAUAUACUCAGCUCUAUACAGUGACUGCGGAACCACGUUCCAAGGUGCUAGCUCAGAGCUCAAGAGGCUCUUUUCUCAAUAUACACGAGAAUCGGCUGAACUGCUCGCCUUUGCCACUGUGAAUAACAUUAAGUGGCAUUUCAACCCACCAGCGGCUCCCCACAUGGGCGGAAAGUGGGAAGCAGCGGUGAAGUCGCUCAAACAUCACCUCACGAGGACUGUCGGUGAUUCUCGACUCACUUUCGAGGAAAGUACAACUCUCCUAGCUCGGAUCGAAGCGACUCUCAACUCAAGACCCCUGGAAGCCAUCAGCGAAGACCCUGAUGACCUGACCGCUCUUACACCCGGUCACUUCCUCAUCGGGAGAGAACUCAACGCCAUUCCAGAGCCUUCACUCAUGGACCUCAACUCGUCACGGCUCUCCAGAUGGCAAUUCAUACAACAACGUGCUCAAUACUUCUGGAAACAUUGGUCCACCAGCUACAUCCAACGCCAGCUGGCCCAGACCAAGUGGUGUCAACCACGGAAUGAUGUUCAAAUCGGCUCAUUAGUUCUGCUCACCAAUGAGAAUGCUCCGCCAAAUCGAUGGCCUCUCGCGAAGGUCACGGACGUUCACCCUGGGCGUGAUGGGCUCACUAGAGUAGCCACAAUCAAAACCAUCAAUGGUAUUCUCACGCGGCCAGUUGCCAAACUUGCAUUGCUGCCGCUCGCACCUGAACGGGACGCGUAA